GCGCUCUCUCGCCGCCUCCUGGAGAGCAGUCGCGUUCCUGCACAGCCUUCGAGCACCUCGGUGGACACGUACAAACCGCGCUUGCACCCUCGAGUGGUCUGUGGCGAGUGGGCGACCGCCCGGUCCACCAGAGGUGAUGAAGUACCUCUUCGCCGCCAUUGACGCGCGACUGGCGCGCUCGAAGGACGGCGGCACUGCACCUCCUCCCCGCGGUCACCACCUCGACCCCGAUGAGCUCAAGCGCCUCAUCAUCGAGGCUUCCGAGGCCGUCGACGACAAGUCGGCCGCCAACGACUUCCAGGAGACGCUCGAGCGCAUCGUCAACGAGAUCCGCAACACGACCGAGCACUCGGGCCCGUUCCUGCAAAAGGUCCGCAAGGCCGACGUGCCCGACUACUAUGACGUCAUCAAGCGGCCGAUGGACCUCGCGACGUUGCUCAAGAAGGUUAAGCAGCAGUCGUACCGCACCAAGAAGGCGUUCGCCGAGGACCUCGACCUCAUCUGGUCCAACUGCCUGCACUACAACUCGCACCCGAGCCAUCCGCUGCGAGCGUCCGCCGAGGCCCUGCGCGCCAAGUCGAACCAGCUCCUCGAGUUCAUCACCGACCCGGCCCUCACGCAGCGUCAGCUCCUCAUGGCCUCGGUCGGCGUUCACCGGGCGGGCAGUACUCGGAUCGGGACGCCGGACGAGGACGCAGACGCCGACAGCGAGGACGAGGACGUUCGGAGCAAGCGCGGCGUCAGCGAGCGGUUGCUCAACGGCGUCAACGGCGAUUAUCAUCGCGACUCGGCGUCGCCCGCACCCUCACGCUCUGCGACGCCCAGUCUCGCCCGUCGCCUGAACCGCAAGAUCAGUACAGCUCCUCUCGCCCGUAUCUCGGCCUCGCCCGAACCGACACCUGCGCCGACCGAGCUGCCGUUCGAGGAGCACCUCGCCUUUGUCCGCACGCCGCAGGGCAUGCAGGAGUUCCUCCUUCUCGACCAGGAGCUCACCCGCCUCGAGGGCUCGGGCUUCAAGCCGGUUCGCUCGUCCGCCCUCCUCCCGCCGUCCGCCUUUGGCCCGUCCGCCUCGACCUCGACCACGCUCGGCCCACCUGCGCACAAGAAGCGCAAGAAGGAGCAGGUCGCCGACCUCGUCUCGCGCCUCAACCCGGACGUCCUCCCCUCGACUGCCGCACCUCCUCCUCCCGCCGCCGUCGACACGCCGCCCAGCUCGUCCGCCCCGACCCCUGCACCCCCUCCUCCUUCCUCUCGAUCUCGCCCCCGCAACCCCGACGACCCGCUCGAGUCGCUGUGGUGGGACGUCGUCGGGCCCUGCACGACCUCGUCGUCGCUCCUCUUCUCGGGCUCGGCGCCGCCACCGCCGCCGCCCGAGACCAACGGCCUCAACGGCCACUCGACCUCGGCGUCGUCCUCGUCGGAGCGCGCAGCGCCACCUGCACCGCCUGCGCCACCCGCACUCGCGGCGGGCAUGCCGCACGCGCCCUGGGUCGGCUACUGCGCGACGCCACGCACGUCGGCCGUCGGGCUGUCGGCGAGCGGCGCGCGCCUCGGCGCGCAGAAGGGCAAGGGCAAGGCGCGGGCCGACGAUGCGCCGGCGGCGCCGAGGGGCAAGAAGCGCGCUGCGCGUGCGGCGGGAGGAGCGGGGGAGCGUGGAGGUGCGCCCAAGGCGGACGGGCUCGCGGUGCGCAUGAGGAGGAACUGCGAGACGCUGCGGAUGAUCAGGAGGGUCGGCGACACGCUCGCGCGCGAGAGCACGGCGGGCGAGAUGGAGAGCCCGUACGUGUCGGCGUCCGAGGGCGACGACAACGAGGAGGAGGCGGGUCCGGGCGAGGUGGGCGAGGGGCAGGAGCAGCGCUCGGCCAAGCGCCGCCGGGCGAGGACGGGCCUCGUCAGGGUGUCGGGCAUCCCUCAGGACGCGAUGCGGUGCACGGCGACGAGGGGCACGGCGGCGAGGGAGGCGAUGCGGGCGGUCGGCGCGGGUCUGCUCGAGCACGCCGGGUUCGAGGGCACGAGCGGCGGCGCGCUCGACGUCCUCGGGCACCUUGCGGGCGAGUACCUGAGCAACCUCGGGCGCACGCUGCGGUUCUACGCCGACCGGUACAGCACCGACCUGAGCGAGAAGGACAUCCUCACACGUACCCUGUCCGAGAACGGCGUCCCGUCGCCGUCGCACCUGUCGGCGCACGUCACCGAGGACGUCGACCGUUACGGCCAGCGCCUGUCGGACCUCCUCGCCAAGCUCGAGCGCACCCGCCAGGACCAGCUCGACGCCUUUUUCGCGCCGUCUGCCGCCGCCACCGACGAGCUCGAGCGCGCCGAGAAGGUGUUUGACGCCGACGAGGCGUUUGUCGACGGCGCGUGGGCGACCCGGAUCGGCGAGCACUACUUUGGCGUCGCCGACCAAGGGCUCGACACCGAGCUCGCCGUGCAGAGCCUCGUCCUCCCCAAGUGGCUCCUGCGCGGCGAGCCGCGACCGCUCGACAACGAGUCGACGAGCUCGACCCUCGCCUACUCGCCACCUCCCUCGUUCGUGCCCCUCACGCCCUCGUCCAUCUCUGCCCAGAUCGGCCUCCUCCAGCCCUUCUACCACCUGCGCGCGUCGCACGCCUCCCUCGGCCUCACCGAGGACCCGUCCCUCUCGCCGCAGGCCCUCGCCCUCGCGCACGGCGGCGUCGCACGCGCCAAAGCCGGCGGCACGCGCCACAAGGUGCCGCCCUCGGGCCGGAUCCCGUUCAAGGGCAAGAAGCGGCCAGAGGACCCGACCCUGCCCGGCGCCAUCGCCGCCCUGCUCCAGGGCGCCAACGAGCCCGUCAAGAAGAAGAAGCGCAGCAAGGCGCUCGCCGUCGUCGAGGAGGUGCCGGUCGAGAGCGGGGCCGAGUGAGCAGAGGGCGCGAGGCGCGCGAGGGACUGAGCGGCGACCGAGGAGGACGCGAGAAGGCGAAAAGCAGACGCAGUGCCCCUGUUGAAUACUAGAGCAGUGCUUCCAAGG